CCACACUGGUGUGGGCCUUGCCUUACCUAUUUGGCAACUAGUUGGAGCUAGUUAGUCCAUUGCUCCCCCUCGCAGCGCAGGCAAAUCUAGUAUCGGCGGGCUUAAAGCUCGUGCUUCUGCUGCAUAUUUAGAUUCCGAUCGGUUUCUAAGACGCUUCACGAAGUGUUCUUCUGGAUCUCUCCCCGCAUUGGUGGGACGAUCGCGCUUUUCUCCUAUCUUCGCCAGCUCUUCCCACCGACACCAUGUCGCAGCAGGAGCAGCAGCUUCCGAGCAGCACCAGCGCCGCGGAGGGCGCUGACGUGGACGAAUCAGGGUUGCUGCAGUCGCCUUCGUCUGCCAGCCCCUCCCCCUCCUUCGCGUCCUCGUCUCUCUACGUGGGCGAUCUCGAUCCGAGUGUUACAGAGGCCCAACUCUUCGAUCUCUUCUCGCAGGUGGGGCCAGUUGCGUCUAUCCGCGUGUGUCGCGACAUGGUCACUCGCCAGUCGCUUGGGUACUCGUAUGUCAACUUCAGCAACACGCAGGACGCCGUGCGAGCCCUUGACCUGCUCAACUUCACAGCAGUGGCCGGGCGCCCCAUGCGCAUCAUGUUUUCGCAUCGGGACCCAUCGAUCAGGCGCAGCGGCACCGGCAACAUCUUUAUCAAGAAUCUCGACAAGAGCAUUGACAACAAAGCCCUUUACGACACGUUUCAGGCGUUCGGGUCGAUCCUCUCGUGCCGCGUGGCUACAGACGAAGCAGGGGCGUCCAAGGGGUUUGCGUUCGUGCAGUUUGAGAAGGAGGAAGUGGCAAAGGCAGCUAUAGAGAGAGUGAACGGCAUGCUCAUUGCAGGGAAGCAGGUGUUUGUGGGCCCAUUUGUGCGCAAGCAAGACCGCACCUCAGGUGACGAUGACAGCACCAGCAGCAGCGGGGGAGGGGGAGGAGGGAGAGGGAGCGCCGGAGCAGGGGAGCAGCAGCAGCAGGCAUACACGAACCUCUAUGUGAAGGGGCUAGGGGAGGAGACGUCAGAUGAGGAGCUCCUGACAGUGUUUGCGGCGUUUGGGGCGAUCAAGAGCGCGGUGGUUAUGAGGGAGCCCGAUGGCCGCAGUAAGGGGUUUGGGUUUGUGAACUUUGAAAUAGCAGAGGACGCUGCGAGGGCCGUGGCUGGAGUGAAUGGGCGGAGGGUGGUGGGCGGGGAGGUGAUGGUGGGGGAAGGAGGGGAGGACGGGGAGCGGGAUGGGAAGAAGGAGGGGGAGAAGGAGGGGGGGAAAGAGGGGGAGAAGGACGGGGAGAAGGAGGGGGGGGGGACAGAAAGCAAAGCUGAGAGACGGGAUGAGGAAGAGAAGAGUGCUGCUAGCGAGAGUGAUGGUAAAGAGGGAGAUGAGGGAGCAGAGAAGGAUGGAGCAAAGGAGGAAGCAAAGGAGGGAGAGAAGGAGGGGGAGAAGAAGGAGGGGGGGAAGAAGGAAACUGCGAGUAAGGGAGUGGGGCGGGUGUGGUACGUGGCUCGGGCGCAGAAGAAGGCGGAGAGAGAGGCUGAGUUGAAGCGGCGGUACGAGGAGGAGAGGAGGAAGCAGACGGAGCGCUACUCGCAGAGGAACCUGUACUUCAAGAACCUGGAGGAGAGCGUGGACGAGGGGGAGCUGAUGAAGAUGUUCCAAGAAUUCGGCAAUGUUACAAGCUGCAAGAUCCUCAAGCACGAGACGGGGGGCAGCAAGGGCGCUGGUUUCGUUCUCUUUGCCAACGAGGCUGAUGCUGGCAAGGCUCUCGCAGCGCUGAACAGCAAGAUGGUGAAGGGCAAGCCCCUCUAUGUGGCCGUGGCCCAGCCCAAGGCGGAGCGCCAGGCGCAGCUGCAGGCGAUGUUCCAACAGCGGGGGCAGCCCAACGCCAGGGCUCCUGCUGUUGCCGCUGCUGGUGCUGGGGGGUACUACGCCCCCCCGGGUGCUGCCAUGGGGGCAAUGGGGCAAGGCGGGUUCUACAACCAGCCCGGGAUGAUGCCUGGCCAGCCCGCAUACCCGUACCCCCAGCAGCCCAUGCGACCAGGCAUGGUGCUCCCUGGAGGGAUGGUUGCUCCAGGGAUGGGCGCUCAAGGCAUGGCGCCAGGGGGCAUGGUGGCAGGGCCAAACCCGAAUGUGUACAUGCGGCAGCAGCAGCAGCAGCAGUAUGGGGGGCCGCAAGGCGCGCCUGUGCAGCAGCAGCGGCAGCAGCGGGUGCAGGGAGGGGGGGGGAGAGGCGCAGGAGGGGGCGUGCCUGGGGGGUUGGGAGGGCCGGUGCCGAUUCAAGUGCUGGCAGCCGCAGUGGCGUCGGCACAGCCAGAGCAACAGAGAGCGAUUCUGGGCGAGCAGCUGUACCCCUUGGUAGCGCGCCAGGAGCCGGAGCACGCAGGCAAAAUCACCGGGAUGCUUCUAGAAAUGGACAAGGGCGAGGUGCUCAUGCUGCUGCAGUCACCGGACGCCCUCCGAGCUAAGGUCUCCGAGGCUCUCGAUGUGCUUCGGAUCGCCGCUGCUAUGGCAGCCGCCUCCACUGCCGAUCCAGCCUAGGGAUGAUAGGUUUGGCAGGGCAGGCUUGGGGUGGCAGGCUCGGGGUGGCAGUUUUGGGAUGCCAUGUUUGGGAUGGCAGUCAUGGUUUGAGGUCUCAACUCAAUGCAUGGCAGUAUCUGAUCCCUUGGUUGAAUGGUCUAGUCUGUUAUGAACGCAUGGGAUACAUACAUAGCAGUACCCGUAUCUUAGUUCAGGCCAUUGGUCGCUGUCAUGCUGAUUCUUCCGUGUUGCCAUCCUGGAGCGAAAGACUGCCAAAUCCAACAGGAAUUAUGCAGGUUCUGGUUUAGGUGAGGGAGAAACAGCCAACAGCACCUUGCAUUUCUUGAAUGACACAGUGCUCCUAAUGUCCUGUACCCAUACUG